ACUGUCAAUGACGGAGCUCCUCUGAACGUCGUUCGUCGUCCUAAGUUUUUCUUCUUCGCUGUGGAGAGGCCAACGUGCAUGAAAUCUCCCAGACCGCCGAAAAAAUGGCAAAGUUCGGAAGAUUCUUCCACCGACAAAACAUGCUAACAGUAGCGACCCUGCUGUGCGUUGUUGUUGGCGUGAGUAUUGGCUUGGCUCUGAAAGCCUACGCCGAUCUGACGAUUAUCGAGGAAGCUUGGAUUCGCGUUCCAGGGGAACUGCUUUUCCGGGUGAUGCAGCUUGUUACCAUCCCUCUGUUGGCGACAAAUGUGAUUGUUGGAUGUGCUUCAGCCUCUUGCAGUCCAUCCCGACGGAUCACUCAGCGUGCGAUCGUGUACUUUGUCGUCACAACGAUUCUGGCUGUGCUGGUUGGAGCCUUCCUGGUUGUGCUGAUCAAACCAGGGGUCACUGACAACAAUAUGGGAGCUAAAGUAGAAGAUGAUGAUGAUGAUGAUAAUGCCUACACCUUUCUUGAUGCCUUCAAUGAUCUCCUCAGAAACAUCAUACCGCACAAUCUGGUUCUGAUCAGCUUCACCCUGUUCAAGACUCGGAAGGUGUACCUGGAUAUGGAGGCCGACGACAACUCCACUGAGGAGGAAGCCGAAGCAGGUGAAGUAAUAGGCGAAAACAUCAACGGAGUCAACAUCUUAGGAUUGAUCGUGGCGUCAGUUUUCAUCGGGAGAACCUUGAAAAAGCUCGGACAUGUAGGGCAACCCUUCUUGGAGCUCAUCAUCAUCGUCAACGAGGUCCACAAAAAUCUGGUGAAAAUGAUAAUGGUGUAUUUUCCUGUCGCCGUGGUGUUCAUGAUGGCGAGCUACGUUCACGAACUUGCAGACAAGUGGCAGACUGCUGUUUGCGUGGGAAAGUUUGUCGCCGUAAUCGUUACCGGACUCUUCAUCCAUGGGUUUUUGGUUUUACCGUUCAUCUGCUUCUUGUUCUUGAGAGAAAACCCCUACCGAGUAUUUCAAGCGGUUACGCCUGCACUUGUAAAGGCGGUGCUCGUUUCACGCACCUGUGCGUCAUCAGAGACAUACAGCUGUUGUGAAAAAUGGCUGAGAGUCAACACAAGAAUCACUCGCUUCAUGCUGCCCAUUGCGAUCCACGCCAACAUGGAUGGGACGACCCUGUAUGAGAUGGCCGCUGCCAUUUUCAUUGCCCAACUCUCAGGCAUGGCGCUGCAUUGGAGCAGGCUACUCAGCAUUGGUGUGACGGUGGCAAUAGCGACUGUUGGAGAGGCAGGAAUCCCAGCUACAGGAAUGAUGACCACCCUCUUUAUUUUGAACAUCUGUAACAUUCCUACGAGUCCUGCCGUUAUUUUGCUCUCCAUUGAAUGGGUCCUAGAUCGCCUCAACGUUGCUGUGAAUAUCCUGAGUGACUGUUACGGUGUGUUUCUCGUGGACCACCUGUCAAAAGGAGAACUGAAAGACGUCGAGGAACACGUAAAUAAGAUGACGAUACCAGAAUUCUGCUUGCCACCCAGGGAUAAUCCACCAGAGUCCAUCUCAGAGGCAGAAGCUGUCUGAUAUCCUGACGUCCCAAAGUGAUUGUUGUGAAAAGCGAAGGAGUUCAGCAUUUAUAUUUUUUGUGCCUUUUCCAUAUUUAUCACUUUAGUGUAUUUUAGCCUCGUGAUGUUGUUACUGUUAUUUUAGAUUAGCAUUUUGACAUUUAUAUACAUUCAAGAGUUGUUUGGAAAAAAUAUAUUUAAUAUCUCAGUCAAAUUUAAUGUCCUUCUGAUUAAAAAUCAGUUGUUGUUUUUUUGUUAUAAAGUAAAAGAUUAUUCUUGUCAAAAGUUUAUUUUUCAAUGUGUUGCUUCUAUUGUUU